AUGUCCAUUCUAUCUGUACUUCGACGUGAACUUCCCGAUGAAAAAUUCUAUUUAUUCAUCAAUCGUUUUAUCUUCACCUCACUUUUUCUGUUUGUUGGCUUACCAUUAUGGUAUUCAACUACAACAACCUAUCGUGCUUCUUUACCUUACACACGUAUAUCAACUCUCGCAUCAAAAUCCAUAGAUUCGGCCGAAACCAACCUAACAUCGUUUCAAACAGCAUCUUCCUAUGAAAUUUCGUUUUAUUUAAUUAAUAACAACGAUGAAAAGUAUAGUUUGAACAGAAGUCAUUAUGAGGACAUCAUUGCUUCAACAAUCGCUCCUCAUUUGAUCAAUACUUAUUCCCAAUAUAUUGAUUUCGAAAUUUCAACAGAAGUCAUUUCUAAUACGCGUGGUGUCUUGCCAAGUGAAACAAUUCACAGUUUAGAAAAACGACAAAUUCCCUUUUUUAUUAAUAAACUCGAAUAUUUACUUCAUCGGUCAACCAAACACUAUCGCGAGAAGAUCUUUUUCAUCCUCUUCGUUCCUGACGAAAAACAAUCACCCUUAACUGUCGAAAACAAUCCGCAGAAUUCCAUCAUCGUACCCAAAUGGGGUAGUGUGAUAUUUUACAAUAAUCAAAAUUCUCCUGAAGAUUUAAAUCUUGUUCUCAAACAAUUUCUUAGCCAUUUCAAUCAAUUAUUGGGCAUUGACACGCUUGAUCAAUGGAUUUAUCGACGUACCCUUGAAAAUUACAAUAAUGGUCGCCAGACAUUAUUAACUCUCUCUCAAUUACUUCUUUCCAUUCCAAAUAUCGUCAUUGAUGAUGUCAUGGCAAAGAAAAUUCACGAUUCUGUCGAGCUUUUAGAACAAUGCCAAACAAAUCAACAGCACAAUCUUUGUCAACAAGGACGUUUACUUGCCGAUCAAGUCUUUUUCGAUCCCUCGUUACUCAAACUACUCUACUUUCCAGAUGAUCAAAAAUUCGCUAUCUAUGUUCCUUUGUAUUUACCAAUGGGCGCACCAUUAGCAUGGACAUUAUUAAAUGACGUGAAAUUUUUGAUAAAUGUUCUAAAGAAAAAUCGCUAA